AUGGAGGAAACCCCAAUGGGCGAGUCCAUCAAGAUAUCCUGUGAGCGAUGUCGCCGCCGCAAGAUAAAAUGUGAUCGGAAACGCCCAUGUUCACGCUGCGUCAAGGCUGGCACAGAAUGUAUCCUCAACGGCAGUGGGGAGAAGCAGCGACCUAUAUCAAAAGGCUACGUUCAAGCUCUGGAGGGCCAAGUGGCGUCUCUUGAGCUACUCAUCCGUAAGCUUGCCGUUGCUGAUAGUGCAGAGAGGGACGAAAUGCUAUCCGAGAUCGCCCUCUCACCACCAGCUUCACUAGACAUGUCACAAAAGUCAACAACAGAUCAUGCAAAAUCCAACACCGAUCCAAAGGUAGUGGCUGCGCAGGUACGUUCUGGACAGUUGAGGAGACCUCGGUCAAGCCACGCCACACAAUUCUUCGGGGGCACCAGCGCUUUUCACAUCCACCUCUCCCAAGAUGUCUCGCUAUCACCAGAUGACAUGAGCUCUCCUAUUGAAUCCAACUCUACAAUGGGAGGCAUACCGGAGACAAUCACCAACAGCAGCCCGAGCGAUGCAAACUUUGUAUACGCACCGCACGAUGAGACGUCGCAGACGUGCAUGGCCGCCUAUUUCCAGUACCAAUAUCAGUUCCACAUGCUCAUCUACCGAGAAUACUUCCUGAGAGACUACGACGUGGGUUCAGGAAGAUACUACUCAGAUGCACUGCUAUUUGCCAUUUGUUCUCUGGGUGCCAUGCAGCUCGACGACUUCCGCUCAGUCUCCGACAUCUUCGCUCACCAGGCACAGCAACUCAUCUACGCAGCCCUCGAUAGCCCAGAGCUCACCACCCUUCAAGCACUAGCUCUAUUGGGAUAUCGAGAGAUUGGCGUAGGUCACACUUCAAAGGGUUGGCUUUUCGCUGGUAUGGCCUUUCGUCUUGCGCACGAGAUGGGUCUUCACCUCGACCCCAACAACUGGGAUGCCUCAAGCGAGGGAACUUCAAACCGCGACACGGAAAUCCUGAGGCGAGUCUACUGGGCCAUCUUCAUCGCCGAUAAGCAACUGAGCCUCUACUUUGGAAGGCCGCCAGCUCUGCACCCCAGCGAGUCAGAUGUGCGUAACACAAUAAGAUUACAGUAUCCUCCAGACUGGGAGGGCUUGCUCGACACGUAUAUCUGUAAAGGGGCUUCUGCAACAGAAUUUGAAGAUGGAGUGGCUCUCGUUGGUUCCUUCAUCUACCAGGCAGAGUUAUGCAAGAUCGCCCAUCUGAUGAUCACGGAUCUCUUUGAGAACCGUCGAGGUAACGUGGAUGCGACAGUCGCUGCUACCAGAUCGCGACAGAUACACGUGUCCCUCACAAAAUGGCUCUCAAGCCUACCAGGAACACUUCACUGGAACCAAUGGACUGUAGGUAUAGUCCAACCAUCUGUGCUCCGUAUGCACAUGUUGUUCCACACAAUUAUGAUCAUCCUGCACCGACCACCUUCUCAUCUAUACGAAAAGCAAGGUAUUGCCGAGAGUGAAGACGUAGAGAUCUGCUACGAGUCACUGCAGGCUAUCCUCCGUCUAAUGAGGACAUACUCACGACAUUAUCGCUACCGCUCACUACCACUCGACUUUGUACAGACCCUUUCCACCGCAGCAGGUACCAUUAUGAUGAAGAGAUUCUUCCAGGGCGCAUCAUGGGAAGACUCGGAUAUUGCGCGAUCCCUCUCCACUGUGAUCGACGCAAUGGAGGAAGUCCAGCAUACCUGGCCAUGCAUGGGCGAGAUCAAAGACUACGUUGUACGGGCACGUAACGCACAGGUCGUGAUGCCUCCCGAGGAUCCCCUCAUUGGACCCGAUCUCAUGAAUGGACUGGAACUAAGUCAUAAUGUCACGGCAGAACUCAUGGCUCAAUGGGGCGAGGAGCUGGGUACUCUUGUGACGGAUGAGUUUUUGAGUAUGCAGCUUCAAGGCUCUGAACAAGGGAUCAUGGCACCAUUUGAUUUCAACCAGCCGCCUUUGGGCCCUCAGUAG